AUGGCGGCCAACCCCAGCUCUUCUUGGCAGCAUUAUAACUUUCCAUUCUCCGGGCAAAUGAAUACGUCACAGUCUUCCAUUGAUUACGGUAGCACCUCGGUAUUAAAUAUAGAUUUGGAUAGCCAGGGUCAAAGGCUGGUUGUACAUUCAAAACAGUCGCAUGAUUCGCGAUACCAACGACAACGACUUGUCUCGAGGCAGCCCUACAGCUUGCCUUUUCUGGAGCCAAAUCCAAAGCCUUGUCUAUUCCAGCAUUCAUUGGCGGAUUUUCAUUUAAGCAGCUCUCUGCGUAGAAAAGAGCUAAAUUUUGAGGCAUAUUCAGUCCUCGUGGAUACUUUUUCAGCUGAUCAUCCUGAUAUCAUGUAUGGAACUGCUGCUGAUCUGUUUAAAGAGGAAAUGAAUCGCCCACCGUUUAGCACUUGUUUAAACAAUAAGAACAAGCUGGACUUUUAUUUUCCUUGGAAGCGCAGAGAGGAUUGUUGUAAACUCUGCUCGAAAAUUCGUUACGCUUCUUUGAACAAGGAGAGCAAUCCUGGGCAAAUGUUGAGACAAUUAGGAACGACUUUACCAGACAUUUCGCCGAGGUUACUAGAGAAUUUGCUCCAAGAAAGUAACGCCCUCGACACUUGCAGAUUACAUUUUGACACCUUUCUGGGCAAUAGCUUGUCUUGUUACGCUCUGGACACAGAACAACAAGCCCUUCUUUUAUUUCCAAGUGGCCCUGGCCUGGACGUUUUAAACUUUACACAUGUGCCUUGUUCAACUGAACAAAACACUCAUUUUCGUCCAUUGCUCUCAAAGCAACAGUUUGCCAUUCAUGGUCAAAUACGACAAAUUGACUUUUCCUCUUAUUCCCAGAAGAAUGUUGUCACUGGAAUCAGAUCACAGUACAACUGUGCAUUCUUUCAAGGUUGCCCUUCCAUCUCUAAUAAAGACAAUUCUGUAAGUGGUAGUAAACAUGAAUCACAAAGUUGAUGAUAGCCUGUGUCACAGACGUAAUCUGACUGCAGUUAGUAAUGUCUGGGAAGCAGUAACGAUAUCCUUGUUCUGGGUUCUCAAUGGACUUAACAAAUUACAGGAAAUGUGUUCCCUACUUCCCUUCAAUCUUACUGGCAAAUCAACAAUGGCAUUUUCAAAAGACCAAUUGUGGCAUAUAUUAAAACCUGUACACAGCUGGGGGACCAGAACAAGGAUUUCGGGACUGUUUCACAGAUGGACUUAAACAGAAGUUUAGUUAUGUCUAUGGCGCAGGCUAAGUUGAUGACUAGCUUUCCUAAAAGUUUUUUUAAAACAAAAUUUUGCACUGCCAAAGAAAUUGUGGUCAACUUGUCACCAAAGACUUACAUAGAAGUGCUAUACUUUUGUAGUCUGACAGUUUCUCCUCAAGAGAAUGGAAGAAAUUACUGUUUGCCAACUAUUCAUUGAAGGUUUGUAGGAAAAAAUUGGUAAGCAAGUUUGGUACCAGAGGAUGUGACAGUAAGGUACCUUUAACAUUGGGAACCAUAGGUUAUUGCUGUCUCCUUUAGUUAACUGAAAUUAGCAAAGUGUUAGCAAGGAUAAAAAUUGGAUGCAUCAGGGGAAAAAAACCUUGUGGUGUGUACAAAUGAGGAGCAAACAGUAACAUUUGCCCCUUUUUCUUUCCUCUUAAGCCACCUCUAAAGCUUCUUGAGACUGUAGCCCUUACUAAACAAGCAAUGUGCAUUGCUGUCAGCCCGUAUAUUCCAGGCGAAAGUGUCAUUGUGAACGAAAUGGGUCAAGCAUACAUUUGGACAUGUGACCAUGCUCUGAGAAUGGUGUGUAACCAGUAUGAAGGUAGCCAAGAUUCUCCGUGGUUCCAAUGUGUUUUUGCCGAUAAUCCUCGCUGCAUUGCAAUGGCUGAUGUUAAAGGGAUGGAUUUGCUAGAUUUCAGGGUAAGUUAAGACAUAAAUGACUAAACUAUUAAUGAGUAAUAUAGAUAACGUAGACAUCAACAAGAAAGUUGGGCCUUUUAAGGGCACCUGAACUUCUUUACUACCACUUAAGUUAGCAACCCCCCCCAAAAAAAAAAAAAUUUUUUUUGGGGGGGGGGGUGCUAACAAUUUAGUAAUUUGGGUAAUAAAGCAUGUCCACGUUACAUGUGUGGUGUACAUUUUGCUUUAAUUAACUCUUAUGUAGUGUAAUGUAAGUUUUCUGGACAUACAGUUUUGUAAGCCAAGCAAAUAUGGUGUUGGUUUCCUUUUGUUUAAAAUAUUUGGAAAAAUACUUCAUAAGCAGACAUACAGUUUUGCAUUUUAUUCCUGACAAUGUUUGGACCCAGAAAAGCAACACUAAUAAUAAUUCUAAAUUAGAUUCAGAAUCAUUGUUUUAGUGGAAAGAAAGAUCUUCAAUAUUAUUAUCUAGAGUGGUUUUACAAUAUCUUUUUUCCACAGGCAGACUCAUUAUUUAAAAGGUUUUUCUUUUCCAUCCCAUCGGAUCAAGUGGAUUCUUUUGAACGUGUUUCUGCAAUUCAGCGUCACCCUAAAAAUCUACAUCAUUAUGUGCUGGCCACAGAUCAAUCACUCAUGAUACUAGAUGAUCGGUUUCUUCAACAUCCAGUUCUUACGUGGAGGCAUCAUAAUGACGACCCCAUUCAGUUCAUCAGUGUUACUUAUGAUGCAAUUCCACAUUGUGAUGAUUCAGUUGUGAUGAUAUCUGGCUCACGUCAUGGACAGACACACUGCUUCCAGUACUCUGAUUGUAGCCAAGUGACCAGGUUGCCUGUAACAGCUUCUAAAUACCUACCACCGCAAUCAGUAUCCUCACCAUGGAAGGUAAACUAAGUUAUAAGGCCAUGAAGAAUACAUAAAGGGUUUUCUGAACACAUUACCCAGGUGAUUUAAUAUUAACAACAAGAUUCUCUUGCCAAACUGUCUGUGAAACAAGGGGGUGGGUGUGGGGUUGGAGAUUACGCAUUCUGUCAGUUAUAUUGUGUUACAAGUCCUCAAGUCAGUUUCUUGUAAUUUCAGUCUCCAAAGUGGUUACUGUUCAUAUGAUAGUCUUCACAUGUGAUAGACCUUUACUCAAAGACAUACAAGCUCUACAUUGAAUUUGAUGAUGGUAAUGAUUCACAAAUUUGAUGUUCUGCACCUUGAAAGUGCGUAGUGAUUUUGUCACCAGUUGAGGGUAGUUCUCCAAUUUAGUUUUAAUAUCAAAUGCCUUGCAAGAAUGAUUCCCUCCAAAUGUCCUUCCAAACAAUAAGCUUAAUUAAUAAUUGGCUCAGAGGCUGAGGGGAUAAAAUUAAAGUAAUAACAUUGACAUACAGACUUGAAUAAUUUCUUUUGUUUUAUUCCCCACAGGCUCAGAGCCAAGUAUGAAUUUUAAGAAUUUAAAACUGGUGUAUUCUAUUUAGAACUCUACUCCUCACAAGUGUUUUAUGUCACAUGUUGUCUUAACCUUGACUAAUCAGUCUGACAUGUGUUUUUGUUUUUAGGUGUCACCUUGUAAUGAAUGGCAUUAUACUGGCCUUUGCAGUGACCAGCUCACUUACUCACCAAUUAUUGCUUCACGACUGUCUCAACCUCUUAUUGGUGUCUGCACCAUGCCGCACACCUUCCACCCCCAAAAGGGUUUCACUGUGUUUCAAAUGACUGAAGCAGGUGACUUAUUUUACCAGCAAUUUAUCUCUCAGGAAUGUAGUGAUUCUGAAAAAUAUCCUUGGAUUACAGACAGCAGUGAGCAAAGGAGAAAAGAACUUGGAAAAGAGGCUCAGAUUUUGUGUCACAAGUGGGUAGAAAUGAUAGAAAACCAGGAAAGUGUUUCAGUAGAACCUGUCACAUUUCAAGUGGAUUAUGUAGAGAUCGAUAAAAAGAGAUUCUGUCAGGAUUUGUUAUUGUUACCAAAGGCUCAUUCAAACUGUGCAUUGUGCAAUGGUGGGCAAACUAAGAGCAGCUUUGAAAAGGAGCAAGAAACAGGUGAAUUGACUAUCUGUAGAAGGUGCAAUUUGGAUACAAAUUAUAGUUCUAAGCUAGUGGAGGGUCAGAAAAACAGAACAGUCCUUACAAAGAGCAGUUUGUCCAUUCAUCAUGAAGUGAAAGACCUUCCGAUUUCUCUAGAUUUCAGCAAGGCAACUGAUCCUCUUAGUAAAAGUCUCUGGUUGAACUGGAACAGUGAUGAACCAAUACCAGUGUUCAGUGACGAGGAGCCAAUAAGUGCACAUGUCGGUCAACAAAUUCUCAAAAAUACCUACAGCAAUAAAUCAGCUUCACUGGAUACCUCAAAACAAGAUUCUAUAAAGCAUCAGGUUCCUGCAGCAUUCUCAUCUAGCGAACAACAAGCAGCAAAUCAGAUUGAUAAUAUUGGCAUAAAGACAAAACGUGAUGAUCUGCCUUCACAGGAUACAGCGACAUCUGAGGUGAUUCCACCAGCUAGGCCUAGGCAAAUGCACUGGGAACCCAGUGAUGGUGAAGUUAAUUAUUCACCUUCUAUGCAGGGUGUGGCCUCAUCAUCACGAUUGAAACCUCUGGGAAACUCACCAAAGAAAUCAAAGAUAGUAAAAAGAAAAUCUGGCCACAUCAUGGGUUUUUAG